AUUUGAGUGCUGCAUGAAAGCCUUCUGCAGCAAGAGAGCAGAGCAGUAAAUGUCACUUUGAAAAGCUUUUAGUCACAUCUAGUGACGCGACAGUCACGUCCUGUCCUCCUCUUUAAGCGCGCCAUGGCCGAGCAAGACCCAACUCCAGAGCAGCUGGCAGCGAUCGCAGCAGCCAAUGAGGAGGCCGAGAGCGGCAUCAACUACAAACCUCCUGCCCAGAAGAGCCUACAGGAGAUCCAGGAGCUGGACAAAGAUGACGAGAGCCUGCGGAAGUACAAAGAGGCCCUGCUGGGCAAAGGUGCUGCCGUGGCGGCUGCAGACCCCAGCGUCCCAAACGUCCAGGUGACACGAAUGACUCUGAUGUGUGAGGCAGCGCCUGCUCCUCUGAUCCUCGACCUGCUGGGAGACCUAGACAACUUCAAGAAGAACCCAUUUACACUGAAAGAGGGUGUUGAGUAUAGAAUAAAGAUCAACUUCAAGGUGAACAAGGAGAUCGUGUCAGGCCUGAAGUACAACCAGCAAACAUUCAGGAAAGGAGUUAAAGUUGACAAGUCGGACUACAUGGUGGGAAGCUACGGCCCGAGGCCCGGCGAGGAGUACGAGUUCCUCACCACCAUGGAGGAGUCGCCCAAAGGCAUGCUGGCCCGCGGCACCUACAACAUCAAGUCUAAGUUCACCGAUGACGACAAGCACGAUCAUCUGUCCUGGGAGUGGAGCCUCAACAUCAAGAAAGAGUGGAAGGACUGACUCGCCUGCUCGCCCAUCCACGUCUUCCACUUCUCCUUUCUGUCAUUCCAUGCUUCCUCCUUUGAAUUCGUUUUUUUUUUUUUUUUUUGUCCUCUUAAGCGUUUGCUCUCUCCGUCCAACAGUCUUUUUUUUUUUUCGAUUCCAGUAACCUCAUUAUUCCUCCAAUGAUAAUGCUUAAUUUGUUUGCUUACACAUCUUCUGAUAAGUAUUAAAUCCUUUAAAAAAAAAAAAAUGGAGAAAGCAAUGUGCACGACCUAGAUUUUUUUUCCUUUUAUUGUUUGUUUAUACAAAAAAAAAAUAUCCGUAAAACAUGUUACCUGUUUUUGAUUUCCUCCGCUCUUUCCUUCUUCCUUUUAUUUUCGCCCUGUUUUGUACGAUCACCGCGAUCUGCCUUGGACAGCGUCGUACAGGAGGCAGUAGUGCUGCACGUGCGCGCUCGCUGUACCGUCUUUGUUCAAUCACUGCUGGACACAGCUCUGGGAUCCAGUCCUUCUAAAGCCUCUGAGCAGAUCAGCCUCACCACGGUCUUGUUAAAUUAUUUGGAAUUAAGUCUAGCUCUCUUUCCAAUAGCUUAUCAUCAGACCAGUGUGCUUUAGUCGCGGCUGGUCCUCUCCUCAUCAGGGUAUAGUGGCAGUUAGCAGCCAUGUGGCCUUAACAGCAACUAUUAGGACGAGACGGUCAACUUAGUUGAGCCAUUUUGCCUUCAGAUUAAAUUUUUUUAUACAUGAGCCUAUUUUAACACAACUUGUAACACUCGGGCAGGGAAACAGGACCAAUGUCUUUAUUUCACAUGUAGGAGCUGGAUUUCAUCAGACUUCAUUUCGGGGCUUGAUGUGGUGGAACUCUAAAGUCCAUUUGUAUCAGCCGUGGCCCCGUGUCCGCUCAUCUCGGGAGGUGUCUCCACAGCCCCUCUUUAACGUGAACACAGCUCCCGUGCUCAUGUCGUGUUACUCCGAUGACCACUGCUGACUCUGCAUCCUUGAGGUGAGACAUGGUCUGCAACCGACCACUGGAUCAGUAUAGGAACCUCAGCCCAUGGUUAACUCAUCCUGCCACGAGAAAGGGUUAUCCUGGCUUUUUAUAAAUAAAUAUAUACACUCCAUAAGUCAGUGACGCCUAUAUGGCCUCGUUCAGCUUUCUUGUGUCAUGGACUGAGGGUUUUUCUCGGGGGUUGAUUUAUUGUGCAGCAUUUGUAUUACCCACAGUUUACUGAUCGCCUGUGUUCACAUUAAAGUGUUUAGACUUGGA